AUGGCUUCCGCCGUCGACGACUCCCCCGUUCAUUCGCCGCCCGGGCCAGAUGCGCCGCGGCCCAAAGGUAUUCUUAAACACUCUGGCGCGCACAAGUCGCCACCAACCGAUGCGACCGCCUCCAGACCCGUCAACCGCCAGCGUUCCAUGAGCAAGGAAAUCACCCUCGAGAAUACAAGCUUCAACGCCGGCCACCGACGCUCGUCGUCGGCCGCACGCAUCAGCGCUUCCCGUCGCCAGUCGGCCACUAACGAGUCGGCCGAGCCCUCGCAGCGCCUUAAGUGGGACGAGGUCAACCUGUACCUGACGGAGCAGGAGCGCACCUCGACGAUGAAGAUUGACGAGCCCAAGACGCCCUACGUGAAGCAAUAUGAUCCUGCCGAAGACCCGUCCGACGACGAGUACGGAUGGGGCGAGCCCGGAGCCCAACGCGCCGACGCCGAGGCUCCCGUGGAUGGUGCUCAUCGUGGCGCUAAAGCUCCACGCGCGCGCGCUGAGGAUGACAUUCCGGGCCUUUCGCUGGGCGAGCCGGAAGAGGAGAUCCCAGAGGCGCAGGGACAGGCGGCGCGCGCGGCGGCAGGAGCAGAUGCGCACGAUGCUGACGAUGCCGCUGCGGCGCAUGCGGCCUCGCCCAGAGCCCCGUCGGAGAAGAGCGUGCAUUUGGACGAGGACAACGUCGCUGCCGUUGAAGACGCGCUGGUGGGCGCCUCCCCCGAAGAAGUCGAGAAGCACCACAAGUUUGAGGAGCUUCGCAAGAGACAUUACGAGAUGCGUGAUGUGGCGUCGCUACUGGGCAACCCGGAGAUGCUCCCCGACGACGAAGACGACGACGAAGAAGAAGAAAAGGUGGUCCCUCCCGUCCCACGGAUUCCCAACGGUCUUUCGUAG